AUGUCUAAUUAAGUGAAUUUCGGAGAAGGUAAAAUUAAUGAAAAUUACCCAUCUUCUAUAAAGACUAUGUUGGAAUAAGGAAAAGAUCCAAAAGAUUUAUUAAUUUAAUAUUGCAGACCAUAAUGUAAGUGGUAUGAUGAUAAAUACGACAGAUGUGUAAAGGCAUUCUUAUCCUUGAAAAAUGCUGAUCCCGAGAAGAAUUGUAUGUAUCCAUAUAGAGAUUUGGUGACAUGUGUUGAAGCAUGUGUUCAACCUAAAAUAUAGCAUGCACUCAAAGGCAACGAACACGGUUUCAUAUUCCAUUGAAAUAAUAUGAUCUAUAAUAAAAUAUACAAUAACCAUUAUUAAAAUCUCAUAACAUUCAAA